GCCGGAAGGGGCGGGCGCUGCGCCCGGCGGGACCUUCGCGCCAUGGCUUCUCGUGGCGUCGUUGGCCUUUUCUUGCUCUCCGCUCUCCCUCUCUUGUGUCUGGAGCUCCGGCGAGGAAUCCCGAGUCUCGGAAUUAAAGAUCUCAUUUUGCUGAGUGGCCGGAUAUUCCUGCUGCUUGCCCUGCUGACGCUAGUCAUCUCUGUGGCCACCUCCUGGUUUAACUCAUGUAAACCUUCCCGGGUUCACCUGACAGAAGGAGAAGAAGAAAAUGAGAAAAGACAGAGGCUUGUGAGGAAGAAGCAGCAGGAGGCCCAGGGUGAGCAGGCCAGCAGAUAUAUACAGAAUGUUUUAAAACCUCAACAGGAAAUGAAAUUGAAAAAACUAGAAGAACGCUUUUAUCAAAUGACAGGUGAAACCUGGAAAUUAACUACUGGCCACAAACUGGAGGGGGAUGAAGAUUUGGUGCUUGACAGUUCGAGUCAGGUGUCUUUGGAAACAGCAAACAGAGAAGCAGCGAGGAGACGGAACUUGCCCAAGCUUUUAACUGAAAUCUCACCACCUGCUCCACAGCCCACCAAGAAGGAGGUUCCCAAUUUACCUGAAGAGCCACCGGAAACAGCUGAAGAGGUGGUUACAGUUGCCCUUCGAUGCCCAAGUGGGAGUGUUUUGAGGAGGAGAUUUUUCAAGUCUUGGAAUUCACAGGUCUUACUUGACUGGAUGAUGAAGAUUGGGUACCACAAAUCCAUAUACAGUCUUUCCACUUCCUUUCCCAGGAGGCCUCUGGAGACAGAGGGAGGCUUGUCACUGGAGGACAUAGGAAUAACUGUGGAUACGGUACUUAACGUGGAAGAGAAAGAACAGAGUGGCCAGUAAAGUCAGAACUACCUGUUGUCCUUAAAGUCAGUACAUGUGACCUCACAGGGCAGUGUUCACAUUAAAGCCAUGCUGUACCUUGAACUCUUCUUGUUCAUAGGAGCACACCUACAUACAAUGGAAGAGGACUAUGUCAUCUUACAUUGUACCAAAGUGAGAACAAGGUAAAAAAGAUGUAGUAAGACAGACACCUGAUAUCAGGUCUCAGCCAGGCUUGGUGAAACAUGCUUCCUGGAAUUUUUGAGUCAGACCAUCUUAAAACAAACCAAUUCUCACCUUAUAUAAGAACUGUGAUUUCUGCUUCUUGAAUCCACCUUACCACAGUAUUUUACAACUCAAAAUCUUUAAGUAGGAAUGUUGAUACCACUGUAUUUCUAAAAAGUUAAAAGACUUUAAAGAAAUUUCAGAGUGGACUAAUCCUAUGUACUUUUGACUUAAAUCUGGGAACAAAGUUUUUGAAACAUGAUCUUUGGGGAGCAUAUUGAAACUACAGUAAGCAAGUACAUUUGGGGUGUGAGCUGUUGUUUUUUUGUAUGUACUGAUACCCUUAGAGUCUGUCUUAAGAUAUCUUUAUCUUUUUUUGUUUUUGGAGAUAGGAUUUCUCUGUGUAACAGCCCUGGCUGUCCUGGAACUCUCUCUCCCAGUACUUGGGAGGCAGAGGCAGGUGGGUCUCUGUGAAUUUGAGGCCAGCCUGAUCUACAGAGCAAGUUCCAGGACAGCCAAGGCUAUAGACAAACGCUGUCUCAACCCUCCCCACUCCUACCCAAAAGAAUAAGUUAAUACAGACCACCCAAUGAAAUGUUUAGGAAUGUGAAAAUGGAUUUUUUAAUGGCCUAAAGUUAUCAGCAAAUACUUGACUUUGUUCUGCUUCUAAAUGUAAACUAUAAACAAGCAUUACUUGUGUGUGUGUGCACUUGCAUGUGUGCAUGUAACUUGGAAAUGAAUAUAAAUGAGCACCUUACCAGAGUUAAUCCCCAGCCCCUAAGCUUACCAUGUAAAUCCUGUCAGUACAGCUGCUUAUUUUUAUUACACAUCAGAUAUUUGUGGUUCAGCAAGGUGUCCUACACCUGUAAUCCUAGCACUUGGGAGGUAGAGCCAGGGGAACCCAGGAGUUUAAGGUCAUUUGGGACUAUACAUGACCAUCUUAAAAUCCAAAGUAAAUGGAAAACAAAUAACCACAGUCUUAAGUAUUUGUAUCAAGUUUUAAAAUGGUGAUGCUUCCACUUAAUGCAUAUCACAGCUAAAAUAUUUUUGUUUAAAUUGGAAAGUUUAUUUGUUCAGUACACCAAAUAGGAUGCAAGCACUGUCAUGACAAAUAUACAGAAAUAAUGCAGAUCAACAUCAAACAGUAAUUUAGUUUAAAUGAAAGGAAAUCUCUUUAAUGUUAUGACAACAUACUCCCAAGAAUCUCUUCUUCAGUUAGUUACACAUUUCAAUAAAAUACAGGGUAAUGAAUUAA